AUGGCUAAAAUGGUAAACAUCUGCGAAAAAUCGGAAGAAGAAAGUAUCAGUGGCAGCGGUACGGUAGAAUCAAGUUUAAGUUUUUCCGACGUAAAAACUUAUAAUAUUCAGACUCACGGUUAUCAUAAUAACAUCAAAUUUCCAUUAUCAACAGUUAUUCAAUCAGAAAAUGAAUUGGAGAAUUAUUAUAAAGUUUUUGAAAACGAAUAUCAUAAAAUGGAUGAGGUCAAACAAUGUUUAGGUGGUAUAACAAAUGUUUUUUUUGAAAAAAAUACCCUACUCGUCUGCAGCACUCAUGCGACUUCCGGUUCACAUCGAUAUCGAAUACAAGAUGUUAAUGUAGUUAACGGAAAAGUUAAUAUAAAAAUAUCUCAUACCAGUCCACAAGUAUGUACGUGCGAUAUGGCAGAAUGGCAUCUUAUUACUGUGAUUCCCAACGGCAAAUUAAAAAAUGUAGAUUAUAAAAAUUUUAAUGUUAAAAUUGUAACAAACGAAUGA